CCUCAGCUUUAAGAAUCUUUCAUUAUCUCAACUCUAGUCGUUCAAAGCACCGACAGCCGCCACUCAAGAGAGCGUGCGCCUUCUCUCACUCGCUCUUUCCACCUCCACAUCCAAUCCCACUGCAUCAACUUCUCAGUUAUCACUACCAUGACCGACAAGAACCGCGCAAUAUUUGACGAGACUCUCAGCGAUGUAGAAUCUCUCUUGGAGCUAUACAAGCGCAAGGCCAGAUUUGUUGCCGAUCCAGCGCUGAUGCCUGACGUGCUGAGCCGCGGCCUCGCAUCCUUCAACGCCGCCAUCGACACUGACGCACCAAGAGCCAUCGCCGAGGGGCAACCAGCCGUAUCCAUUCUCAAAAACGUUCUACAAGCCAUUGGUUCAUUGUAUUUUGAGAAUGGAAAGAGGGUCGCGGAUGCUGCGCCGCCACUCAUCAAGCGCGAAAGCGCCUCCGAUCCGCAGACAAAAACCCCGGAUAGUAGGGAUGAGCUGCUGGACAAGGACAUUGUAACAGCGGUUGUGCAUGAAGAGGCCCUUGGAAGUACAGAGCUGGAUGAGACGGAGGUCAUAACCAGCAGGCUCGACAGUGCGAUCGCUGCGAGGAAGAGGAGAAAACUGCUUACCCAUGGCGGGCGCGAAAAGGCCAUGAAGUCCUCUGAACCCCCCGAACGCGAUUCUACCAGCACGCUGCAGGACGCGGACAAAUUGGGCUAUAUGUCUCCCCAGGACAACACGCUACACUUCACCGCACCGCACGCAAGUCCUCCAACAAGCGAUCAGCAGCCAUCGCCAACGCGGCGGUCGGUACGUACUUACUCUUCCGCACACUCUCCGCACCGUCGCUAACAUACCAUACAUAGGUCGAAGGCACGGGCAAUAAACAAGCGCACAACACGCAAACCUGUACAAAGCCCGUACCGCGAAAAGACGCUCGCAAAAGCCUCAUAGUGAUACUCAAAGUCCCAA